AUGUCUAAAAGUUCCGAUGCAGAUAUCAAAUUAACUAUUUGGUCGAAGGAUAAAGUUGAUGCAAAAGGUCGAUCAAGAAUUUGCUGGAGAAUCAAAGACCAGACUCACGUGGGCAGAAAUCAUCGUGGAGUCAAGGAGUCUGGUGGCAGGACUAGGACAAUGUCGAAGAAAGAAGCUUUGUGCUAUCGGAGACCAGUCAUUUUGGAGAUUCUAUUCGAGCAUAACUCGUUGGAUGUGCUUGUCGAAGCCUUGAAAGAAGCUGGUGAUGACGCUGUUCAAGCAUUUCUUGCGGAUGUCCGUUACCUUCUGAUUUGCAAUUCAGAUGCAAGAAUGGCGGAUAUUUCUUACAUGUUAUCGAAAAUGACUGUGUUGAGCGGGUUUUCCUACAGAAAUGAACGUGGCGUUAGUGAUGAAACUUUUAAAGAAUUGUUUCCCGCUCUGGCGAAUGCACAGGUUCGGGCAGUUGACAUUAAUGGUUCUUGUCCUAAAGGUGAAGUUGAGUUGCUUAUGAAAAGCUUAAACGUUGAGUUGAUCCGAUUUCACAGAUAUCCAGGUGUAGAUGUUUCCUUAUUCGAGAGUACUUCACUUAUAAACUCCAGCGUUGAGUUUGUUGUUGCACAAGGUAUACGACCAGGCCAGAAAGACGGGGGAAUGAAGUUUUUAAGUAGUAUAACAAGAAUUUUCCCUGGUAUUAAAAGCCUCUACUGGGAUUGGAAUAUGAUGCCCACAUUAAAUGAUAUGAACGAUGAAGUUAUCGCUUGCAUCGAAUAUCUAGUGAACAUUUACAAGCAAAAUAAAUUGAAUUUGUUGGCGGUACUUAUGAGUAUGCCAUGUAAAGAAAGUUUACAAGCAGUACCUAAGGCGGGUGAUUAUUUGCUGUCAUUCAACUUACCCAAUUCUAUGUUCCUGGAAGUUGUGGCAAAAGACAAAAAAAAAUCUGGUGAUGUGACAAAUUCAAUGUUCUUCAUUGCUGGAACAUCAGAAAAGAUGAGGCGUUUGGAAGAAACUAUUUGUGAAAUGGGAGUGACAGAACCAGAUCUGAGACAUUUCCUCUAUGUUCUUGAUAGGAAUUUGGACAUUCGGGACCAAGAACACACACAUGAAUUUUUGGGUUUUGAUGUCUAG